AUGGAAAAAAAGGAACGGAAUCUGGUACCGGCGGUGGGAAAGAAGCAGCUCGAUUCACGGAUCGUAGCGGGAUUCACGGGCGAGGAGGAGCGACGGGAUGUGCUGUCGCGACGUGCUGAUAUCGAGUCAAGUCAUCACUUGCGAAGUGCUCAAGGUCCUCAUAGCCCUAACAGCCAUGUUCCUGCCUCGACGGCUCUCUCUUCACCGUCUGGCGCCACACCUCUGGCGCUCCUUUUGAGUCCUCAUAGCCCUCACAGCCAUGUUCCUGGACGGCUCUCUCUUCACCUUCUGGCGCAACUGGUCCUCAUAGCCCUCACGGCCAUGUUCCUGGACGGCUCUCUCUUCACCUUCUGGCGCAACUGGCACCCUCUGGACUCGUUAGAAGCUGCUGCGGUACCAGGCCUGCUGUACGCCGCCCAGAACACGCUCAUUCAGGUGGCCCUGCGUCACCUGGACUACCUCACGUUCAACCUGCUGAACCAGACAAAACUGCUCUUCACUGCUCUCUCCAACUACCUGUUCCUUGGAAUCCGCCAGACUCGCGUGCAAAUCGUCGCCCUCUGCAUGCUUCUCGUCGCCGCCACACUACUCACCCUCAGCCCUGGCCCUUCUUCUAGCCCUGGGUGUGGCGUGGGAGAGAGUGGCGCUGGGCGUGGUGCCGGUGCUGGUGGCAUCAGUGACGUCUGGGCUGGGAUCGACCCACAACCAGUGGCAAGUGCAGCCUCCCCUGCUCCCAAGGCGCUGCUCCAUGCUUCCUUCCCUUGCCUUGUCAAGAGGCGUAGUCCCCAUCUAUUCACUAUCGAGAUGUGUUCCCUCACGUCCCUCGUCCUCCUCGUCUCUCUCUUCACUUCCCAAGACGGCGCUCGCAUGUUGCAACUCGGCUUCUUCCACGCAUGGACGCCGCUCACCAUUAUCCCUGCUCUAUCGAACGCCAUAGGAGGCAUUCUCGUGGGGCUUGUGACCAAAUACGCUGGGGGCGUUAAGAAGGAUACUUCAUACAAAGCCAUAGAACCAGCCCAUCCAGACGGUCUGCUGGUAACCACCAUAGUGCAGUGUGCUCUCGUCUGCACGCCUCUCGCCCUCUGUAUCCGAAUGGUCUUCCUCCCUCCCCAUGCUGCUGUUCUCCUCUCAACCCACACUCCUUCCCUCGCAGGGUUUCACAGUGAUAGCGGGUCUGCUGGUGACCGCCAUAGUGCAAUAUGCUCUCAAAGGCACGCCUCCCUUCCUCUUCGUGUGGUUGGCUCUCCCUCCCCUUUCUGCUCUUUUCAGAUCAUCUCAUACUUUCUCCCUUCACCUGCCUACACCCUCCCCUUGCAGGGUUUCACAGUGAUAGCGGGUCUGCUGGUAACCGCAAUAGUGCAGUAUGCUCUAGACGGCACGCCUCCCUCCCUCUAUGUCUGGAUGGCCCUUCCUCUCACCGUCCUCAGCACCUACCUCUACUCCUCCUCCGCUGCACCCCCUGCUGUUCCUGCUGCUAAGAGCAAGGAGCUCUAA